ACCCAGGGAUGCUCUCGGUCAAGGGAUGCUCCCGGCGGAGCAGCUGCGGGAGGCGGCACCGGGGAGGGGACGGCGGCGGGGCCCGGCCCCAUUCCCCGCCUCGCCGCCACAAAACGGGAGCCGGGAGCGGCUCGGCUCCACACGCCCCCCGCCAGCCGCGCCGAACCGGGCUAACCCCGAGCCGCAUCACCCCGGGCACCGAACCGAGCCGUGCGGGGCCGGGAGGGAUGUAGCAGCGAUCAGCACCGCGGAGAGCGGCGGAGCCGAGCCGAGCCGUGCCGAGCCGUGCCGGGGCCAUGGCCAGCGUGCAGCAGGGCGAGAAGCAGCUCUUCGAGAAGUUCUGGCGAGGCACCUUCAAAGCCGUGGCCACGCCGCGCCCCGAGAGCAUCAUCGUGGCCAGCAUCACCGCCCGCAAGCCGCUGCCCAGUGGACCACUCAGCUGCCUGCCAUACCCUGCAGAGGACAGACAUCCCGAGAAGCCAAGUGGCCGCGUGUCCAAGGAGGCCUCCACCACUAACGGCUGCACGAGAGGGAAGGAGAGGCGCAGCCAUGCCCGCCACAGGUCCCGCAGCCCCUCGUGCAAUGGGGAGCGUGCACCGCCGCCGGCCCGGGGGAAGAAGAAGAAGAAGAAGUCUGGCCGCAAGAAGCGCCGCAGGUCUCCCUCCUACAGUCCCUCCCCUGUGAAGAAGAAGAAGAAGAAGAGCUCCAAGAAACGAAAAAGAAACAGGUUAUCUUCAAAGAAGAGAAGACACAGUUCUUCAAGCCCCAAAAGUAAGAGAAAGGAAGAAAGAAAACACAAAAAACACUCUCGUGGGCGCACCCGGAAAGCUCAUCGCCAUCGCCACCGCCACUCUCGCUCGGAGAGCUCCGACUCCUACUCCCCGAGCUGCCGAAGCAGGCACAGAGCCAGGUCUCGGGAGGAAGGGCGUAAAACACGGCGAAGAUGCUCCCAGCACCAUUCAAAGGUCACAGCAAAGCGAAGCUCCUCUGCAGAGGUUCAGGCCAACCAAAAAGCCAGCCAAACCCUCCCACUCUACAGCUUCCUGUCUCCCAAGGAAGUAAUCUCUCAGUCAGGGUCUUCUGCUGACCUCUUUACCAAAACAGACAGCCCACCUGGCAACCUAGCCAGCCAGAACGGAGAGUAUCAUGAAUAUGACUCAGGAAACGAUACUUCCUCCCCUCCCUCCACUCAAACGAGCUCAUCCAGGUCAAAGGACAGCCAGGAGAAAAGAAGUCUAGUCCAUGAUGGCUUUGGCCAUGCCUUCUCAUCCGGGAAGCCCAAACUGGCCAACAGUGAUAACAGCUCUGAUUCAGGAAAUUCCUUCUCCAGUUGCUUUUCCCAGACCAAGGCGACAGCUUUGGAAAAUCUGUCUCCAGAUGCCCAGGGACAAGACCGAAGAGCGUGCCUGUCCUUGUGUCUCAGCUGUUCAGAGAAGAAGCGAAAUUUGUCCCCGUCCCCAGCCCCCAGCUCCCCGGCAAGGCCGUGCUCCCGCAGCGAGUCAUACAGCAGCACAGGCAGGUCCUCCCCUGGCUCCAGCCGCUCCAGCCGCUCCCGCUCCUCACACCACAGGGCCUCCCCCAGGUACUCCCGAAGCAGGUCCUGUUCUUCAGGGAAGAGGUCUUCUUCACGGUCCCCCAGCUAUUCCUCCAAAUCCUGCAAAAAAAGCCCUGGAAGCAGGAGUUCAAAGCCUCGCCGGAGCCCCAGUUAUUCCCGCUACAGCCCUAGCAGGGACCGUGAGAGAGAGCACAAGUACGGCUCCAGCGAGAAGGAGUCGCACAGGGAGCGCGACCGACGGCGGCGGUGCUCCUACUCACCCCUGAGGAAACGCAGGAGAGACUCCCCCAGCCACCUGGAAGCUCGGCGCAUCACGAGUGCCCGCAAACGCCCCAUCCCCUACUAUCGGCCCAGUCCUUCCUCCAGCAGCGCCAGCAGCUAUUCCUCUUGGUACAGCACUUUUAGCCGCUCCCCGAGCCGGAGCAGGAGCUACUCCAGCUCCCGGACAAGCCGGAGCCGCAGCUGGAGCAGCAGCAGCGGGGAGGGCAGGAGCCGCAGCCGCAGCUCAGGCCCCAGAAGCAGCCGCAGCCGGAGCAGGAGCUCUGAGUCAGGAGGCAGCUCCGACAGCCUGCGGCGCUAGGGAGUGCCGCCGAGGGCUCGCAUGCUGCCGGCACCUCCGAAUUCCUGGCAUUCUCCACGUCCUUCCCACCUAGCCGGCCAUCGAUAGCAAUCACCCCUGAUACCGAUGCGAUGGCAGCACCGGGUCUCCCUUCCCCACUUCGGACAGAGUAAGAGCCCGCGUGCGCCCAGCACAGCCCCUUCACCGCCUUGCAGAGAGGAUGGAUCUGUCCCAGCUCCCCCAGCCGGGGCUGGAAGAAGGGUCAGUGCCCUACGGAGAGCCUGUUACAACAGAUCUGCUCCGUCCUCACCAACAUCCCCCACCUCCCCAUCGCCACCGUUCUCCGAAAGCCACCAGCUGGUCCAAAGGAAGAAUUUGUCUCCUUGCUCUUCCGCCAAACCGGUAGCCAGCAGAUGAAUUUCCCUUGGAGGAAGAGACACAUUUAGGGAGGAAUUUGCUGGGAAGCUUUGGUGAUGAGUGGGGGUGACCUGUCAUAACCAAGACAGCACAUCCCAUGGGUGUCUCCUCCAGAGCGUCUGCCCACUCUGCAGCAGGCCUCUUCCAUGAGAAUAUUUAUUUAUUGCCAUAAACCAGUCUCUGCUAUAAACAGAAUGCUAGAAAUCCCUCCUGAUGUUAAUUCCAGGGGAAAAAAAAAAAAAAAAAAAAAAAAAGCUCCUGCCCUUUCCUACCAUCUUUUGCAGGGUCGUUCUGUUUCCCCCCAGUGCUGUGGCUCGUGAACGCACUGCUGGGCUCGGAAGCAGAUUUGGGAGUGGGGAGUUGGUGCCACAGUGUGAGAGGUGAGGCCGUGGGUCCCCUUCUUGGAGGACUCUCCUGCAGUCUGGGGACAGUUCAGGUGUUUCUAAGGGUUCCUUGAUCUUUGAGAGCAAGGUGGGACUGUGAGGAGACAAGGGAGCUGGGUUAACUCCAGCGAGGUGUAGGGAGAGCAUACCGGGUCAGAAGGGCACUGUGUGAGCCAGGGGAUCCCAGCUCCCCGUUCUCCUAACGGACAGCAGUUGUCAAUAGAAGAAGGGUCUGGGGAAAUAAUUUCUCCUUGAGACACUCAGGCUCCCCUUGAAGGCAGGAUCAGCAGCCCCAUCACUCCGAGUGUAAGACAAGAGGAUAUUUUCCCUCCCUGGCACUACACACCGAAAAGUCUCUGCUCUCAGCUCUGGCCACGGGGCAACUGAGCGGCUCCCCGACACACGGCGCGGGGCCUGGCCUCCCCCAGCACUCCAUUGCUCCGAGGCUCUUCCCCUCCCUGCAGCUGCAGCAGGGUGCACGGGACCCCGGUUUGGUGCUGGGAGGACACGGAGUGGUGUGGGGGGACAGGAAGGGCCCCCACUAAUUGCCUGUUUUUCCCAGGAGGGCCCUGCCUGCCUGGGCGGCCCUGUGGUUUUGUCUCCCUGCCAGGCUUGCCAGCCCAGCUGCCUGCGCAAUUACUGUGUUUUGCAGGGUAACAAAGGCUUCUCCCAGCACAGGCUGAGCUGGUGCUGAGGAUUUUCUUUCUCUUACAACACCUGGCUGCUUAGAGACGCUAAUUUAGGCUUAAGACUUCCCUCCCUCCCUUUUUCCAUCCCCUCCCCUUCCAUCCUGCCUGAUUAUUAACAAGUUUGGGCUUAAUGAGUCAAGGAGGUGUGUCAUGUAAGUGUCACAGAAAAGGGCUAAGGGGAGCCAGCAUCUGCUGGAGGAGGAGAGGGCUUAGAAAGAAAAGCAAACUCACCAGAUAAAGGGUUACCCGGGGCCUGCUCCUGCUGGCAGCAGGUAGAGGGGCCAAGCUGUGAGCAGACGAAAGACAAACACAGCCUGGAUGAUUGCCUUAUCAAGCAAAUAAGUGUGUUAUCUGUUGGAAAAACAGUAGCGAGGGUUAUACUUCCACCUGGCUGGUGCACGGGGAGGCUUGAUGCCAGGGGUCCCCUUUUCCCAGUCUCCUUGCCACUGCUGGUCCCCCUUGCCCUGUGCCUUCCAGCCCAAGCCCCGCUUAUUUCCCUGUCCCCCUGCCUUGCUCUGUGGGGGGCAUUUUGGGCAGAGGCACAGAGCUGGGCUCCUAGGGCUGCUCCGUGGGGAGACAUCCAUCUCUUGGGAGGCCACUUCCUAGGGCACAGAGAA